ACUUGGCGGAGUAUCUUUGCGCGAAAGAGUGUUACUACCACCAGCAGUGCAUUCUUAGCAGCUGUCAGUGAAGAGUCAUAGAAGAUCGCCAAAUAAAACGGUUUUCGUCAUUGGGCCAUUGAUUCAAUGUGUUUACCGUGACAGACAACAGGGGACUACUUUUGUUGACGUAUCGGUAUCUGUGUGAUUAUACUGUCCUCUUUUGAUAUUGGACCUUGUUUUUUGAACUUUACUUGUGUCUGGGACUUCAUCAACAAUCAUCAUGGAGAGCCUUUAUCAGCGCCUAUUCACCUCGCCCCGGAAGCAGAGGUUCACAACGUAUACGAGCUCAUCCGAGGCGCUCCUGAAGCGCGGCGGCAGCCCACCAUCGACGGCGGCUUCAUCGCGGCUGACCGUACUCACCAACUCUGGCAUCAGCAUCGUGUCGCUCGACCAGCGCCAGAAGAAGAACCAGCGCCCCAACCAGCACGAACUGCAGCAGCUGACGCAUCAGCAGCAGCAGCAGGAUCAGCUACAGCAGCAGCAGCAGCAGCAAGAGCAAGAACAGCAGCAGCUGGAGCUCCAGCAGCAACAGGAACGCAAACGGCAACAGUACAAGGACGAGAGCAUGGCGACCCAGAGGGAACUGAACCUGCUGCUGGCGGCGGAAUUGGCGCCAGUGGCGUCGCAGGAGGAUAAGAAGCUGGCGGCGUCGCAGGAGGCGCACGUGAUCGCGUGCAGCCGACUGUCUGGCCUUUCGGGGCUGGUCGACACCAAGCAGAUCGACACGGUCGAGGAUGGUGACGUCCCCGCGAGGGUGGGCCGCGGGCGCCUCUGGACACAGGUGCUGGCAUCUGUGUCCGUGUCCAUAGGAUCUCUCGUCGUUGGAUUUUCUUCCGCCUACACAUCACCAGCACUUGCAUCCAUGAAAGCCGACACCAACAGCACGAUCACCGUUGAUAAACAACAGGAAUCCUGGAUAGGCAGCCUGAUGCCGCUGGCGGCCUUGCUGGGAGGCAUCGCAGGCGGCCCUCUGAUCGAAGCCAUCGGCAGAAAGACGACGAUCCUGGCCACGGCCAUUCCGUUCAUCAUCUCGUUCCUGCUGAUCGGGCUGGCCGUGAACGUGCCCAUGAUCCUGGUGGGCCGCUCCAUCGCCGGCUUUUGCGUGGGCAUCGCCUCGCUCUGCCUGCCCGUGUACAUGGGCGAGACGGUGCAGGCCGAAGUGCGCGGCAUGCUCGGCCUCAUCUCGACCACGUUCGGCAACCUGGGCAUCCUGCUGUGCUACGCCAUCGGCAACUGCCUCAACUGGUGGGAGCUGGCGCUCUUCGGCGCCUGCCUGCCCGUGCCCUUCCUCGUCUGCACGUGCUUCGUGCCGGAGACGCCGAGAUGGUACAUCUCCAAGAACAAAAACAAGAGAGCGCACAAGGCGCUGCAGUGGCUGAGAGGCAAGGACGCAGACGUGACGGCAGAGCUGCACGAGAUCGAGAAGAACCACCUGGACUCGAUCAAGAACGCCCCCGCGUCUGCCCUCGACCUCUUCAACAGGAACAACAUCAAGCCCAUCAUGGUCAGCAUAGGCCUCAUGUUCUUCCAGCAGCUUAGCGGUAUCAACGCGGUCAUCUUCUACACCGUCGACAUCUUCAGGGAUGCUGGCAGCACGAUCGACGGAAACCUCAGCACCAUCAUCGUGGGCAUCGUCAACCUCGGCUCCACAUUCAUCGCGACUGCGCUGAUCGACCGCCUCGGCCGCAAGGUGUUGCUGUACAUCUCUGCCAUCUCGAUGAAUCUAUCCCUCCUCGCUCUGGGAGCGUUCUUCUUCCUCCAAGACACGGGAUACGACGUGAAAGACUACGGCUGGCUGCCGCUGGCCAGUUUCGUCAUCUUCGUCAUCGGGUUCUCGCUAGGAUUCGGGCCCAUCCCGUGGCUCAUGAUGGGGGAGAUCCUACCAGCCAAGAUUAGAGGACCGGCAGCGUCCAUCGCCACGGCUUUCAACUGGGCGUGCACCUUCAUCGUCACCAAGACUUUCAGCGAUCUCAAGGAAGCAGUAGGUCCGUACGGAGCGUUCUGGAUUUUCGCGACCAUCUGCUUCUUCUCGCUGAUUUUCGUGAAAUUCUGCGUUCCCGAGACGCAGGGCAAGAGCCUCGAGGACAUCGAGAGGAAGUUCAACGGACCCGUCAGGCGAAUGAGCUCGAUCGCCAACCUGAAGCCUAUGCCGAUGGCCGUCUGACGAAAUUGUAAGGCUCUGUAUAUGAUGUUCUCCGAGCCGUCGCGAGCCGACGACUGCUGGCCGCGCGAGACCGGCGUGGAAUAAAGGAACUGAAAUCAAA